AUGGCUUUGGAGCUAACGAACCGCGUUCCCUCAUAUUUCAAUGAAAUUGCAGCCAAGGUGGACCUGUCAAUGGUUGGCCUCAGUGUUGUAGCUUUACUAGCAGUUUACGUUAGUAACUACAUUUACAGAUGGAGAAAUCCCAAAUGCAGCGGUGCCCUUCCUCCUGGUUCUAUGGGCCUCCCCAUGAUUGGAGAAUCCCUUCAGUUAGUACUCCCAAAUGCUUCCAUAGACCUUCCACCGUUUUUGAAGAAGAGAAUUAAGAGGUAUGGUCCGAUUUUCAAAACCAAUGUUGCGGGCAGGCCUGUCAUCAUCACAGCAGACCCGGAAUUCAACCAUUUUCUCCUUCGCCAAGAUGGAAAACUGGUUGAUACAUGGUCGAUGGACACUUUUGCUGAAGUCUUUGAUCAGGCUAGUCAGUCUUCCAAAAAGUAUACCAGACACUUGACCUUGAACCACUUUGGCGUGGAUUCCCUUAAAGAGAAGCUACUUCCGCAAAUGGAAGAUAUGGUUUGCGAAACCCUUCGUAAAUGGUCAAGUGAAGAAUCAAUUGAAGUGAAAGGAGCAGCGGUUACAAUGACAAUCAAUUUUGCUGCAAAACAGAUCUUCAGCGGUGACCUUGAAAAUGCACCGUUGAAUAUUAGUGAAAUGUUCAAGGACUUGGUAGAAGGACUCAUGUCCUUUCCUAUCAACAUCCCUGGGACUGCACAUCACAAAUGUUUACAGAUCCACAAGAAGGUCGGAAAAAUGAUGAAGGAUGUGGUGCAAAAGAGGCUAGCAGCCCCUGAGAGAACUCAGGGAGACUUGCUUGACCACAUCAUCCAAGACAUGGACACCGAGACAUACAUUAAAGAGGAUUUCGUAGUACAGUUGAUGUUUGGUCUGUUAUUUGUCACCUCCGAUUCUAUUUCGACAACAUUAGCUUUGGCAUUCAAGUUGCUUGCUGAACAUCCUGCAGUCUUGGAGGAAUUAACUGCUGAGCACGAAGCAAUCCUUAAAAAGAGGGAGAACUUGAACACCCCACUCACAUGGAAUGAAUACAAAUCUAUGACCUUUACCCUUCAGGUUAUCAAUGAAGUUCUCAGGCUGGGGAACAUUGCACCAGGGUUUUUCCGCAGAGCCCUGAAAGACAUCCCUGUCAAUGCAACAGGAUAUACAAUUCCAGAAGGCUGGGUGAUUAUGAUCGCCACAGCAGCUCUACAUUUGAAUUCCAACCAAUUUGAAGAUCCCCUUGCCUUCAAUCCAUGGCGCUGGAAGAACAUCCAGCCAAGUGUUGUAUCAAAAUGUUUUAUGCCAUUCGGGUCAGGCAUGAAGCAGUGUGCAGGAGCUGAGUACAGCAGGGUGUUGUUGGCUACCUUCCUACAUGUCUUGGUCACAAAAUAUAGAUGGGCUAUGGUCAAGGGAGGAAAGAUCGUCCGAGCUCCUAUCAUAAGGUUUCCUGAUGGAUUUCAUUUCAAAAUCUCAGAGAAGAGCAACUAAUGAACUUUCUUUAUUCAACUCUUCAAUCCUAGGCACUUGCUCAAUAAGCAAGGGCAUCCGGAUCAAUCAAUCCAGUUCCAUUAAAUUCCUGUAAUAAGUUGCCGCUGUAUAGGCUUUCCUUCAAUCAUUACCUUGAUGUACCAUGCAAUCUCGUUGAUUAUUGUAAUUAUCGAUCAAAUUUAGAAAUG